UGACCUUUGAGGAUGUGGUCGUGAACUUCAGCAAUGAGGAGUGGACUUUGCUGAGUCCAUCCCAAAAGAACCUCUACAGAGAUGUAAUGGGUGAAACCUUUAGGAACAUGACUGCAAUAGGAGGACUUGGGGAUAUCCAGGAAGCUGAAAACGAAUGCAAAAUUUACUGGAGAUACUUAAGAAAUGACAAGGUAGGGAAAUCCUAUGGACAUACAUGUUGGAAUCAGUGUAAAGAAGUAUUCCUUCGUACUGCAGAAGUUAAUGUAAAUGUGAAAGAAGCAGAAACACACCACAAUGUUCAGAUCCAUGAAAAAUAUGGCAGUGAGGAGAAAGCCUAUGUAUGUCAGCAAUGUGGAAAAGGGUUCACCAAAUCUCGACAUUGUAAGCAACAUGAAAUAAUUCACACUGGAGUGAAACCAUAUGUAUGUAAGAAAUGUGGGAAAGCUUUUAACACACGGACAAAUUGUAAAGUACAUGAAAGGAUUCACACUGGAGACAAACCCUAUGUAUGUAAGCAAUGUGGGAAAGCUUUUACCAGACCUGGAUGUUGUAAGGAACAUGAAAGAAUUCACACUGGAGAGAAACCAUAUGUAUGUAAGCAAUGUGGGAAAGCUUUUAACACACGGGCAAAUUGUCAAAUACAUGAAAGAAUUCACACUGGAGAGAAACCCUAUGUAUGUAAGCAAUGUGGGAAAGCUUUUAACACACAGACAAACUGUAAAAUACAUGAAAGAAUUCACACUGGAGAGAAACCCUAUAUAUGUAAGCAAUGUGGGAAAGGUUUUACCCAGCAUGGAGCUUGUAAGCAACAUGAAAGAAUUCACAGUGGAGACAAACCAUAUGUAUGUGAGCAAUGUGGGAAAGCUUUUAACGCACGUGCAUAUUGUAGGGUUCAUGAAAGAAUUCACACUGGAGUGAAACCAUAUGUAUGUAAGCAAUGUGGGAAAGCUUUUAACACAUGGGCAAAUUGUAAAAUACAUGAAAGAAUUCACACUGGAGAGAAACCCUAUGUAUGUAAGCAAUGUGGGAAAGCUUUUAACACACGGGCAAACUGUAAAAUACAUGAAAGAAUUCACACUGGAGAGAAACCCUAUGUAUGUAAGCAAUGGUAGAACCAGUGUAUAUAAGCAUCAUGAGAAUUUUUUGAGCACAAGUACAUAUUGCAUAAUGCAUGAAAAAGUUCACACUGGGCAGAAAACUUAUAUAUGUAAGGAAUGUGGGAAAGGUUUCGGCAGAAAUGCUCAUUGUCCAAUACAUGAAAAAAUUUACAAUGUUGAGAAACCCUGUUUAUGUGAAGAAUGUGGGAAAGCUUUCACCACACAUGGAUUUUGUAAAAUACAUCAAUGACUCCACUCUGGUGAGAAAACCUAUGUAUAUAACAAUGUGGCAAAGCUUUUACCACAGUCAUUGCAAAACACAUGAAAGAAUUCACACUGGGAAGAACUACUGGCUACGUAAGCAAGUGGAGACACUUUCAGUAGCCAGAUUGCAAGUGAAAUACGUGAACAAGCUCACACAAGAGAUAAAUCCUAUGUGUUAUGAAAAUACUCUCAGCACACAUGAUCAUUGUUACAUAUCUGAAAGAGCUCACUUUAUCCUAUGGGCAUUAACAAUGUGAGAAAUAUGGCCAUCCGUGUUUGUUGUUAAAUACAUAGAAAAAUCAGCACACUUCAGACAGUUUAAAUCUAAGUUUACUUUAAAAAUUCCAAGUAAACCUGAAGAAAUAAUCAAUACAGAAGUUUGAUGUCAAUAUUUCUUCACAAAUUUUCCAGAAAUGACAAAUUUGAAAUGGUGCUCUACUCAAGUACAUAUUUUGUAUGGUUUGCAGUUAAUCACUUAUACCUCUUUAGAUUUUUUAAAGUGUCUUUGUGCUUCAACAUGACAUCUUGUAAUUAAACAUGGUAAACUGAAAUGGGCUUUUCACUUUCAAGUAUGGAUAGUGUCUAUGUACUUAAUAUUUUGU